UAUAAAGUGACAAAGCUGGGCUCAUUGGCGGGCACGCUCCGGUAUCCUCGUCAUCGGCUUUAAACUCGUGCUUUCCGGCCGCGUCGCGCGACCCGAAAAGAAGCCAAACCGCCGGCUUUUGUCACAGGUGCUAUCGGCGGGUACUAUCGAGAUCGGAGAAGUGGUGAGGCGAUUACACGACACGAUUUAAAGGACGCCGCUCGCUGUGCCGCGUGCUUCAUUCCCGAGGAUGUCCCGCUUCAAGACGCGCAUUGCCGAGACAUCGUUGAAUUGACGUAUCGACAGGUCCAAUCGAAUUGACACCGCCGCCGGUGGCACGCCGUAUCUCGAGUUCCUUCACGACACCUCAGAGAAAAAACAAAAUGAAGCACUACGUCCUAUUACUUUGCAUCGUAGCGGUUCUUCAAGAUUCCGAAGCGAUACCUAAGGGAUCCACGGAUUAUGAAGAUAUGUCCUUCUGGCUGAAGUCCGGCCAAGAGACCCUGCACAGGAUCCUGGCGGAGCAGAAGAACGAGAAUCGUGCCAAAAACGUAAUCAUCUUCAUCGGGGACGGUAUGGGCCUGUCCACCAUUACGUCCGGUCGUAUCUACAUAGGCCAGCUCAAUGGUCAUAGCGGUGAAGAAUACCAACUCGCGUUCGAGAAGUUCCCCAACGCCGCCCUCGCCAAGACCUACAAUGUAGACAAGCAAGUACCGGAUUCCGCGGGGACGGCAACCGCUAUAUUUUCUGGUGUAAAAACCAAAUAUAGACUUAUCGGACUGGAUGCCAGAGCCCAAUAUAACAAAUGCGACGAGAAAAUCAACGCAUUAAGCAAACUCACGACGGUAGCCGACUGGGCGCAGCAAUCCGGCAUGGACACUGGAUUUGUUACCACCACUCGCGUCACCCAUGCCACCCCCGCGGGACUUUACGCGCACAUUAAUCAUCGAGAUUGGGAAUGCGAUACCGCAGUACCAAAAAACCAGCGAUUUUGCGUUAAGGACAUCGCGAGACAACUCGUUGAGGAUGAACCAGCAAGUCAGUUUAAGGUCAUCUUGGGCGGCGGAGCGCAACAAAUGGGUUUGAAACUGGAAACAAGUGAUUCCGGUUCUUGUGAACGGUCCGACGGCAGAAAUUUAGUAAAGGAAUGGCAGGCGAAUCAUCCCGAGGGAAAGGCCGUCACCAACAUGCAGGACCUCAUGUCCAUCGAUAUAAGCAACACGUCGCACAUUCUUGGCGUUUUCUCGCCUGGCCACAUGCCCUACCACGCCGUAAAGACCGCCGAGACGCCCUCGCUAGCGAAUAUGACGACGCAGGCCAUAAGAAUGCUGAAGAAGAACAAGAAUGGAUUUCUGCUAAUGGUCGAGAGCGGCAAAAUCGAUACGGCCCACCACGGCAAUUGGGCGAAAUUGGCACUGCGCGAGUUGUACGAACUCGAGGAAGCAGUUAAGGUGGCUCUACGGCUGUUAAAUAUCGAGGAAACGUUAAUCAUCGUCACGGCCGAUCACUCGCAUUCGUUCACGCUAAACGGAUAUCCCAACAGGGGCAACGACAUCCUCGGUUUCGGCAGCAAGAACACUAGCUCGAGAGCUUACGAAACCCUCUCCUACGCCAACGGCCCAGGAUUCUACUACCAUCGAAGGAACGACAGCAACAACGUCAACGAGACCUGGAGAAGACUCGAGGACGACACGACUCGCGGCGAACCGUUCUACAGGCACUUUGCUGGCAAAUACCUCAAGGACGAGUCUCACGGCGGAGAAGACGUCGGGGUCUAUGCUUUGGGCCCCUAUUCGCACCUGUUCCGAGGUACUUUUGAGCAGAAUUACAUUGCACACGCCGUGGCGUAUGCGGCGUGCCUUAAAGACUGGCCAUCUCACUGUGACAGCGCUUACCAUCGUUACUUUUACGAAGUCAAUACGGCAUCGCAAAACUCGAAGCAAAAUUCAGCCGGACAAAACACGGUACCGUCUGCGAUUAUAAUAACUUUCCUGUUUACGGCGAUCUUUAUACGACUGUGAUAGUAAACGUCAUUACAUUUUCUUCUCGUAUAGCCAAAUAGAUAGUGACGCGCCGCGAAAAGAAUUCACUUUCAGAGUAACAAAUAAUAUUUUUUCAAGUACAAAGAAAUGUUUGUUUAAGAGAUACCGUUCGCUUGUGCCUUUAUCGAGGUUUAUUCCAACUGCAAAUCUUGAUACGUAACAUAACGCACUAAGAUUUCUUUCGCGAUCCGGAUCUGCAACUUUUGUAACGGACAAGUUGUCCGUUACACCACAAAUACUGUAUACGAUCUUUUUACUGUAAUCUCUUUUUACCGUAAUCUCUUUUUACCGUAAUCUCUUCUUACGUAAUCUCCAAUUUCAAUUGCUACAUUUCUCAUAGAUGUAAUUACAUUUUGAUAAUGAAUUAUUAUUUUACUUAUUGUUUAGAGCUCGACGAAUAAUCGUGACUAUAGAUCGCGGGUUUUAUAUUAACGCGAGUAAAUAUUUAAAAAAACGAUGAUCUUUUUUGGGUUAUUGCAGCAACUAUGACGAAUUUAAUUUCAAGGAGAAACUUGGACGGCAUUAUCUGCAUUUUAAACACAGGUUUACAGGAUUUCGAAAUGAUGAUAGGAAAGUGCUAACAGCCGUGUGUGUUGGUAAUAGCGUCAUGUUUCGAACAAAAGUAAUAUUCCCAUUAAAUAAUGGCGAAUAAAAGUCCGCCUAAUACUUUUCGAUGAGAUUUUACGAUAAGAUUGUACAAAAUAUGUUGCUGUAAUAUAGAAAAUCGUCAUUCGAAAUAUUAUAUAAGAGAAAUGGAGAAUAGUUUUUUUAUGUACUUUAACACGUUACUUAUACAAAAUUAAUAUAAACUUAUGUACAUAUUAGCGCAUUAUAUCACAGGAUAUUUUGUUACAAACUGAUGAAACAAUUUUUACCCCAGAUGCCGAUGUCAUGCGAUUAUACGUAAAUUAUAAUGUGAUUAUGGAAUAAAGUUCCUCGUUAUAUUGUUUGUAAAGUUUAUGUCAUUAUAAUAAUUACGUAAAUAAUACACGAGCGAGACAUUAAAUCAUUUAAUAGACUUUAAGUACAAAUUUGACCCAAUUCGGAAUAAAGACUACAAUGUAAUAACGAAAAA